AUGGGAUACUCCGAGAUUUACUGCCAUCUUUGUGGGGUCAGCUUCAAUAUCGCGCGCAGUCGCGUUGCUGGAGAGCCGGAACUGGCGAAAUGGGAUUAUACGGGCCGAGAGCCGGACCUAGGCGUCGACGAGGUUGACGUAGAGAAUUGUACUCGCAAUGGCUGCCACGCCGCUGUACGCCAUCCGAAGGGUGGGGACGACCCCUUGGAUGACCCGGACUAUACUCCGCCAGAAACAGAGGAGGACAUGAGCCAUGAAGAAUCUGAAUCUGAAUCUGAAUCUGAAUCUGAAUCUGAAUCUGAAUCUGGAUCUGGAUCUAUCAGUGGACUCGAUGAAGCGGAUACCAACUCGGACGGCGACGUCGAGGACCAGUGGUACCAGGAUCACCUCUUCGAUAUCAAUAUCUCCCAGGACCGUUUUUCCGGGGAGCCCCUUUGGUUACCGCUAGAUCGUCGCAAUGAGGAUGUUUUCCCAAUUGCCUCGGAGCACUGGCCACAACAGUACGAACCGGAAGACUUGGAACACAUUGCCGGUCCGAAUUGUACCGAACCGAAUGCAUAUUCUGGUCACGCCAUUUCGCUGGAGGAGAUGCAAGGGUGUCGAACGGCCCAGUUUCUUAUUCACAAGGUUGCCUCGGGCGCCCAAUGGCAGCCUGACGGGUUGGAUGAGGAGUGGGAGCUCUCGGAAGAAUGGUUCCUAUCGGGCCUUUGUGAUGGCGUGGCAUCUCGAGAUGUCGGUUAUCAAGAAGUGUAUCCGCUUCGAGGCAGUAUUAGCUGCCCGCGAUCGGAUAAUGUUAAUUUCGAUCCGGAGUAUACCGCGGCAAAUGAAUAUGCCAUGCCAUUUCAUCCAUGGUGUUUCGAUAUCUUCUGCCGCCUGUCCAAACUUCACUUCAAUCGUAUCAACAUUUCUGGUCUUGUGAAGUGGCGGAAUGCAGAGUUCUCGUGGGAUGACUUCCGUGAAUUUCCCCGGACAGGAGACGUUGCCGGCGCGCAAGAACAGUUCUGGCUCCAUGACCCCGGCAAUGAGUACUUGGCUGCCAAUCCACUCUACGUGCCCCGAUUGUUGCCUCUGCUUGAUGCUUCGGUCAAAGCCGAAGAACACGAUUCCAGUCUACAGAGCGGGGCUUUCGAUCUCUCUUGUCGGCCCAGCUGCUCCCGGAACGAGUCCGCUGAUCCUCUAGCCGCGUUGCCGAUGGAUAUUCGUCUCCUGAUCCUGUGCUAUCUCGGAUCUCGCGAUAUUGCCAGUCUUAGACUUGCUUCCCGGGGCUACGAACAACUGCCCGCUGGCCUGUGGUAUCGUCUUGUCCGAGAAGAAAUGCCAUGGCUCUGGGAGGCCUGGGAUGAGACGGAGCGCGACCAUCGCCCGUCACUAUGGACAUCCAUCACAGCGAACGGGGCCCACCUGCUUAUCCAAAGAAGGGAGCAUUAUGCUAAGGUCCUGAGAGAGGAAGGUCAGGUGGGCAACAUUGAUGAUGCUCUGGACUAUCUGUUGCCUUGGCCAGAACCGGCAGCACAACGACCUAUACUCUCAAGAAGGCAAACAAAUUGGUACCAGCUGUAUACAGCAAUCAAGCGCAACUGGCCGCAGCUCAAGGGACUACGGAAUCGACAGCGGAUAUGGGAGGAUGUGGAAGAAAUAAUUAGCAGGAUUAAACAGCAACCCUAA